AUGAUUGAUUUUCUAUUUAUUGAUUCGAAUCGAAAUGAAUCUUUAUCUGGUCUAUUUUCGAUUGAUUCUCAAGGUUAUAUUCAUACAUUAGCUAUAUUUGAUCGUGAAUUUCAAUCAAAUUAUACCUUUUAUAUAUUUAUGUAUGAUAGAAUAUUAAAAUCUUAUACAUUUCCAACUUGUAUAAUCAUUCAAAUACUUGAUGAAAAUGAUCAUAUACCAUAUGAACCCUUUCUUUCAAAUUCUUCGAUAUUAUCAAUUGAACAAAGAAAUAAUGAUGAAACAAUUGUAUAUAAAUUUCAACCUAUUGAUCUUGAUGAUGAACUUAAUGGAUUUGUUACAAUUGAAUGUCUUAAUUGUUUAUCAAUAUUUUAUUUUUAUAUUAUAAAUUCAUCAAUAUUAAUAACUCGACGUAAUAUAAAAAUACCCGAUGGAAUAUAUACAUUAAAUUUAAUGUUGCGUGAUCAUGGUUUAAUUAUAUCAUCUAAACAAUUUUAUACAUUAACAAUUAAUCUAACUCAUUCUUUAAAUUCUAAAGAACAAGAAAAAUUAUAUUCUAUAAAGUUUAUCUAUAAAUAUUUUUUAUUAAAAUUUUCUUGGCAUUAUUUUAUUUUAUUUCUAAUUAUUUGGUUUAUACUUGUUCUUAUGGCUAUAUGGACAUGUUUUCAUUAUGAUCGAAUAUCAAUUAAUAAACAAAUUUAUCAACAUAAAAUAAUUAAAAAAAGAAAUAAAAUUUUAACUUUAAUCUAUCAAAUUGUAUGCAAAAAUCGAAAUCCCAGUAAUAACGAUGUGUCAAGCAACUUGAAGUCAAUUCCUAUUCGAAAUCAUUCUACACAAGUAACACUUCGUUCCACAAGUUUUUCACAAUUAUACAAUAUUAAUUCGCAUUACCAACUAUCAUCAUCAAUGAUAAAUUCAAGAGAAACUAUUCUUACUGAUGCCGCAACAAAUGCGUCCUAUCAUGAAGAUAAUAAUGAUAUUUGGCAACCUAUGAAUACUAAUAAUCGGAGAUUAUAUGAAAAUACAAGCCCUAUUUUGCAUAAUAAAAAUUAUUAUUUUGAACCAAUCGAUCGUGAUUUUUCAACAAAUCUAACAACAUCUCAAACAAAUCAUUCACAUUUAAUUCAACGACCUGUACCCAUUUCAAACUUUCAAUUAAAUACAUUAAUGGAACGUUCACAGCAACAACAACAACAACAAUAUUUUUUACAAACAAAAACAAAUUCAACAACGAAUAUUAAUUCAUCUAAUAUUGAUUCAACAAUUCGAUCGUAUGGAUUACCUCGUUCAGUAACAACAGAUCAAUUUUCAAAUAAUAAAACUUCAAAAACUAGAUCAUAUUAUUAUCCUAGUGUACAAGAUGUACUUGAUGCUUUAAAUCGUGAAUCAAAUUUUAAAGAAUCAUUUGUUUGA